ACAAAAUACAGCUGCGGUAUUUUAUUUUCCUGUAUUGUUUUCAUUACUCUGAUAUCGAAUAUUAUAUUAUAUCUGAAUUCUAAAUUCAAAUGAGGACUUCAUUAUUCUAAAAGUUAUAAAGACACUGGUUGCAAUGAUGUAUUUAGGUAAUUCGUGUAGUUAAUUCAGGUAUUCACGAAUAGGUACAUUUCUAUUUAAUUUUUUUCCAAAAACAUUGCAUUAAAAUGAUAAUGAAGUUUUUCAGAAACUUAUCAAUUAAGAUAAGAAGUUUUUCGCAGCAGUUUUCAGUGCAAUCAGGAACAAUGGCCAACCCAAUUGUGACUGUAAAUGAAGGUAGCCUGCGUGGUGCAGUCCAAAAACUCUAUAAUGGUUCAGAUUAUUAUAGUUUUCAAGGUAUCCCCUACGCACAACCUCCAGUAGGAAAACUUCGGUUUAAGGCCCCACUUCCGCCACAGCCAUGGGAAGGAAUCCUAGAUGCCACAAAACAUGGCCCGGUUUGCCCUCAAACCACCCCAACAAGAGAAUUAUUAGAAGGCGACGAAAACUGCUUAUUUCUCAACGUUUACACUCGCUCUUUGAAAAAGGAAUCAAAGCUUCCCGUCAUGGUAUACAUUCAUGGAGGAGGCUAUUUAUCAGGAUCUGGUAAUGAUGAUAUGUAUGGUUCUGGAAACUUCUUCUUACCCGAUUUCCUCUUACAACAUAAUGUUAUUUUAGUCACUUUAAAUUAUAGGUUAGAAAUGCUAGGUUUCUUGACUCUAGAUACUCCAGAAGUGCCUGGUAAUGCAGCUAUGAGAGACCAAGUUAUGGCGUUGAAAUGGGUUCAGAAUAAUAUAGUCCAAUUUGGUGGAGACCCCAAUUCUGUCACCAUUUUUGGCGAAAGCUCUGGAGCGGCGGCUGUGGUAUAUCACAUGUUUUCGCCCAUGUCCAUCGGGCUAUUCCAUAGAGUUAUAGCUGAAAGUGGGAGUUACGAUUUAGCUCGUCGUGAGGGCGAAAAAGAAAGGGCUUUCAGAGCUGGCAAAGUUCUAGGAAAAGAAACAAAUAACGUGCAGGAAUUACUUGACUUCUUUAAAAGUCUAGAAGCUAGUAAGCUCACUAAUCUGACGAUCGCAACUUUAACUGACGACGAAAAAUUCCGGGGUCUUCCGGCAAAAUUCGUUCCGUCUAUAGAAAAGAAAUAUCCCGGUGUACAAGCAUUUAUGGAUGAAGAUCCAACAAAAAUGUUGCUCGAAGGCAAAAUUAAUAGGGUACCACUUAUGAUCGGUUACAACUCAGGUGAAGGUUUAAUUAUGACACAAUACCACGCUGCUUUGUUGGACGUUUAUAAUAAACAACCAUCUUUUUAUGUUCCCAAAGAAAUUGUGGAUAGAAUUACAAAAGACCAGUUGACAGAUUUCGGUAGUAGAAUAAAGAAGUUCUACGUAGGCGAUAGAGAUAUCACUAAAGAAGAUUUAGGCAUAAUACGUGACAUACAAACGGACAUACAUUUUUCGUACACAACACACAGAUUUGCUGACUUGUACAGCAAAGUGUGUCAGCAAACUUACAUGUACAGAUUUGAUUCGGUGACUGAACUGAACGUUAUCAAAAAUUCACUGAAUUUGCCUAACGUGGGAGGUGUCAGUCACGCGGAUGAACUGUUUUAUUUGUUCUACAAUUAUUUGAAUGAAAAGCCUUAUAAAGGCCAGAAAAAAUUAAGGGACAUUGUAUUCAAGGUGACAAAGCUUUGGGCAGACUUUGCAAAAACCAGCCUACCAACACCGACACAUCUAGAACCAAAAUGGCAACCAUACACAGUUCAAGGGAAGGAAUAUUAUAUCAUAGAUCAGCAGUUUUCGCAGGGGAAAUAUGCUGAUAAAGAAAGGAUGGAUCCUCCGGUGGUGACAGUACAGGAAGGCAAACUGCGUGGCACCACAUACAACCUUGUUGAUGGCUCCACUUGCUUCGCUUUUAGAGGAAUUCCGUUCGCUCAACCACCCGUUGGAGAUCUACGAUUUAAGGCUCCUUUACCACCUCUAUCAUGGCAAGGUAUACGCGAUGCAACCAACUUUGGUGAUAUAUGCACACAAUACAAUAGAACAUAUCAAGGAUCUGAAGAUUGCUUAUUCUUAAAUAUAUAUACAAAAUCCCUGCAACCGAAUGCAAGAAACGCUGUGAUGGUUUAUAUUUAUGGAGGUUCAUAUUAUGAGGGAUCAGGAGAUUUCUUUUUAUCUGACUUUUUGAUGCUACAUGAUAAUGUUAUGUUAGUCACAUUCAAUUACAGACUCGAUAUUCCAGGCUUCCUUUCUUUGGAUAUACCUGAGGCGCCAGGAAAUGCUGGAAUGAAAGACCAAGUGGCCGCUCUGCGUUGGAUUCAAAAUAAUAUAGCUCAAUUCGGAGGUGAUCCUAAUAGUGUGACACUUUUCGGCGAAAGUUCUGGAGCGUCAUCUGUGACCUAUCACAUGUUGUCCCCAAUGUCGACAGGUCUUUUCCACAAAGUAAUAGCACAAAGUGGAGUAUGCAUCCACGACUGGGCGAUAGCUUAUGGUGCAAAAGCAAGAGCUUUUCGAGCAGGAAAGGUUUUAGGCACCAAAACACACGAUGUACGAGAAUUACUGAAAUAUUUAAAAGGUUUAGAUGCGAAAGCUCUUACUAAUCUAACAUUUGCGACAUUGACAUCCGAUGAACAGUACAGAGGUUUACCGGAACAAUUCAUUCCAAACGUUGAAAAGAAAUUCCCAGGUGUUGAGGCGUUUAUUACUGAAAAUCCAGUAAAUAUGCUAGUUGAGGGUAAAGUUAACAGAGUUCCUCUGAUGCUUGGAUAUAACUCCGGUGAAGGGUUAAUAGUUUUAAAAGAUCAUCUUACUAAAUUGGACGUUUAUAAUAAAGAACCCUCGUAUUAUGUGCCGAGAGAAAUAAAGGGAAGGGUUUCCAAGGAUCAGUUAAAAGAAUUCGGCGAUAGAAUUAAGGAAUUCUACUUCGGACGCAGGAACAUAACUAAAGACGAUUUGAAUACAAUAGUUGACAUGCAAACCGAUAUGCACUUUUCUUACAAUACUCAUAGGUUUGCCCAUUUAUACGCAAAAUUACGCGAACCGGUCUAUUUGUAUUCGUUUAAUUUGGUGACAGAUUUGAAUAUUAUUAAAAUUGCAUUAGAUCUCACCAAUUUGAAGGGCGUGAGCCACGCUGAUGAACUUUGGUACUUGUUUUAUAACUACUUAAAUGAUGAACUCUACGCGGAACAGGAAAGAUUGAGAGACAUCGUGUUCAGAGUAACGAAGCUAUGGGUAAACUUCGCCAAAACUGGUUGUCCAACGCCUGACAGUAGUUUAGGAGCAAUUUGGCAUCCAUACACACUAAAAGGAAAAGAGUAUUUCAAAAUAGACGAGCCGUUCGCUCCGGGAAAUAAGUUGAACGAAAGGAGAAUCAAGUUUUGGGAUAAACUAUAUGAAGAUGCUCAUGAAAAAUAAUUUCAGAGUAACCCAAUAGUGAGAGUAAAUGAAGGUCAACUGCGAGGCACUACCUACGACCUCGUGGAUGGAUCCACAUGCUACGCUUUUAGAGGAGUACCGUUUGCACAGCCACCUGUUGGAGACCUUCGGUUUAAGGCACCACUUCCACCUUUACCCUGGGAAGGCGUGAGAGAUGCAAUCAAUUUCGGACCAAUUUGCACUCAAUUUAACGUAACCCAACAAGGUGAAGAAGACUGCUUGUUCGUAAGCAUUUAUACUAAGUCACUGCAACCAGAUUCGAAAUCUCCUGUUAUAGUGAACAUUCACGGUGGAUCAUAUAACGAAGGAUCGGGCGAUUUCUUUUCACCCGACCUUCUUAUGUUACAUGAAGAUGUACAUGGUACGAAUAUUGUUUUCGUUACGUUGAACUAUAGGCUUGAGCUACUGGGAUAUCUCUCAUUAGAUACACCUGAGGUACCAGGAAAUGCGGGCAUGAAAGACCAAGUAGCUGCGUUGCGCUGGAUUAAAAAUAAUAUAGCUCAAUUCGGAGGCGAUCCAAAUUGUGUGACACUUCUUGGAGAGAGUUCCGGAGCGUCGUCAGUCACAUAUCACAUGUUCUCUCCGAUGUCAACAGGCCUUUUCCAUAGAGUGAUAGCAGAGAGUGGUGUUUGCACUAACGAUUGGGCGAUAGCUAGGAAUAUGAAAGCAAGAGCUUUUAGAGCUGGAAAGAUCUUAGGUACUGAUACUGAUGACGUUAACGUAUUACUUGAUUAUUUAAGAGGUUUAGAGGCAGGCUCACUCACUAAUCUUACUACGGCCACGUCAACAGUAGAUGAACAGCUAAGAGGUUUCCCAGAGCAAUUUAUCCCUGUGGUUGAGAAAAAACACUCACAUGUUGAAGCAUUUAUAACUGAAAAUCCAUUAAAAAUGCUUGCUGAAGGCAAAGUAAUCAAUAAAGUGCCCUUAAUGCUUGGAUAUAAUUCUGCAGAAGGACUAUAUAACGUGCAGGAUCACGUUGCAAAAUUGGAUAUUUAUAAUAACAAACCAUCUUAUUAUGUACCUAGAGAAGUUUCUGAAAAGGUUUCUAAAAAAACAUUAAAACAGUUCGGUGCUAGAAUAAAGAAAUUCUACUUUGGGGAUAAAAACAUGACUAAAGACGACAUGAAUACGAUAGCCGAAUUGCUUACUGAUACAGAAUUUUCAUACAACAUUCAUAGAUUCACGCAUUUGUACACAAAUUUAUCUUUACCGGCGUAUUUGUACAGGUUUGACUUAGUGACGGAUUUGAAUAUCGUCAAAAUUGUGUUACUAGGGCUUGCCGAUUUGAAUGGUGUGAGCCACGGUGACGAUCUUUGGUACUUAUUUUACAAUUGGUUGAAUGAACAGCAAUAUAAGCAACAAGCUAAUUUGAGGGAUAUCGUCUUCAGAGUUACGAAGUUGUGGGUGAAUUUUGCCAGAACUGGGAAUCCAACACCCGACGACACUUUGGGAGCUAUUUGGAAACCAUACUCAACGCAUGGGAAGGAGUUCUUCAAAAUUGAUGAAACUUUUGCUUUAGGCCAUAAGGCUGAUGAACGAAGGAUGCAGUUUUGGGACAAACUAUAUUCAAAUGCUGGCCAACCUCAUAUUGUGACCAGCACAAAUUAG